AAGCCCGGACCCGGAGCGGACGCGACGCCGCGCGCUGCCCCGGCCGCCGCCCCACGCGCAGCGCACUCGGGCCCCCUGCUCUCUCCAGUCCGCGUCCAGCGCGGCCCCGCCCCCGGAGGCUCGCGCCCCGCGCCCGCACUUACCCUGCGCUCCGCGCGGAAUCUCGAGUGAACGCGACGCCGCGCGCAGUCCCGGCCCCCGCCCCGCGCGCCGGGUGCUCGCGCCCCCUCCCUUUCCCUCCCUUCUCGGCCCCGCCCAGCCUGGAGGCUCGCGCCCCGCGCCCCCACUUGCCCUGCGCGACGCGCGGAGUCCGGCGCGCGCCGAGGGUGGGGGGCGGGGCAGGCGCCUGGGAGUGCGGGCCCCGCGGGGUGGCCAUGGAGUGAGGCGGUGCGCGGACUAUCGCUGGGACUGACGACUGACUGACCGACGGGCGGCCCCCGGCUGCGCGUGCUGGAAAAUGAACAGAGCAGAUUCACCAAAACCACCAGUUGCUCCCAAGCCAAAGACUACCAGUCCCCUCACACCAGUGACAGCACCCAAAUUCCCUUCAUCACCCCGGCCUGAUAGUUUUCCCAGUCCCAACUCCAUGUCUAGGGGCCCGAAACCCCCCAUUGCCCCUAAGCCCAGGCUGGCGACCCCCAGCGAGUGGAGAGCCAGCGUGUACAUGAUCAACAGUUUGAACAAAUGCAGCAACGGGAGGCUGCCCUGCACUGACAGGGGGCCUUACGAAGAGCAGCAGUCCACCUUGGAGUGCUCAGAGUCUGAGGCUGAUGAGGAUUACAUUGUGGUCCCCAGGGCUCCGCCCAAAGAGGAGGAACCCAAGGACAGCAGCUCAGCAGAGAGUGCAGUCGCCCCUCCAGAUGCGGAUGCGGAUGUGGAUGCCACUGGAGAAGAGGAGUGCGGGGAGGGAGGCAGGGAGAGUGACCCGGAGGGGACUGGAACAGUGCUGAGUGGAGAGGCUGAUGGAGGCAGAGCCCCAACUCCUGAGAAUGUGGAAGAGGACAGUGCCUGUGAACCUGGGGCAGAGGAGCGGACGUCAUCCUCGACAAAUGAGGAGGAAGAGAAGCGAGUGGAAGAGCACAACGUAUACAACCUGGAGGAGAGGGGACCUUGGGACGGAGAGGCAGUCCUUCCUUGCGAUAUCAUUCUCACUCACGUUGAUUUAGAGGGUCCAGCAACUCCCAGCGAGGAGCCUGAGUCCCCUGGGAUGCCCAGGGAGGCAGAGGAGGGUGGUGAGGAAGUCUCCACCAACACAGAAUAUGGGGCUCCGGAAGAAUGUGUGGAUUCCGACAGGCCCUCUGAGGGGGAUGCUGACGAUGCCAGCAAGGAACCCACUGAGAAUGAGGACUUGGCCACAGGGGUCCAGGAGGCGGAGACAGCCACAGGUAGCCCUGAAAUCUCCGAGGAGUGUGAGUGUGAAGAUGCCACAGCCAGCAGGGAUUGUGGGGACCAGGAUGAGCCAUGUGACCUGAACCAGAAAACUGACCAAGAAGGAAUGACUACGAUCACCCAGGAGGUGGGAGACGAACCUCUAGAAGGCAGAGACCUGGUGCAGGACGAACCUGCUGAGGAGAGCUGCCAGAUCAUUCCUUUCGAGAGUGAUGGUGCUGACGACUUUGUGACUCCUCUCUCAGGAAGUCCCUACGAGUUCUUUCUGACUGAGAGCACCUCUUUCUGUAGCGAGAGCUACUCUUCUUCUUCAAAGUCCACAAAGGGCGUAGAGUCCAAGCAGGAACCACAGUCAGGAGAAUGUGCAGAGCAGGGCCCUGCUGCUGGAGCUUCGUGUGGCUCCGGGGAGGGCCCCUCUGUCCCUGAUGUAGUGAUUAUGCCAGAGGAUGAGGAUGCUGAGGAUGAUGCGCUCACCAAUCCCUAUGAGAUGGGAGUUGACCUGGAGCGUGAGGCUGACCCUGGGGAAGGAGAGGGGCUGGAGACACAGGCUGCAUGUGACACACUGAGUGGUUACAGCACAAAAGAAGAAACGAAUUCUGAUGCUGAGGGUGGCCUGGUCCCCAUUGACAGGAAGAACAUCAUCACGAGGGCCAGGCCCCACUCCGGGAAGGUGGCUGGCUGUGUCCCAGAAACCGUUCCAGAAGAAACUGGACCAGAAGCUGGCCCAUCAGCCAUUGGCAUUAGAGGUGCCACCAAGGAGGCAAGAAAGACGGUUCUGUCGUUGGAGGGGAAACCACUGGAAGCCAGCAGGGCCUUGCCAGCAAAGCCCAGAGCCUUCACUUUGUACCCCCGAUCAUUCUCCGUGGAAGGCCGGGAGAUUCCCAUCUCCUUGUACCGGGAGUCGGAGGCAUCUGGCUUGGACGACCAUAGGAUCAAAAGGAAAGAUGACAACCUUUCCCUGCCCUGUGUGAUCGGCUCCUCUGGGAGUUUCUCCCAGAGGAACCACCUUCCAUCCAGCGGCACCUCGACACCCUCUUCUGUGGUUGACAUCCCACCCCCUUUCGACCUGGCCUGCAUCACCAAGAAGCCCAUCACCAAGAGCUCUCCCUCCCUGCUGAUCGAGAACGAGCCCUCGGACAAGCAUACUAAGAAGAAGAAGUCUUCCUUCAAGCGGUUCCUGGCGCUGACGUUUAAAAAGAAGUCUGAGAACAAAGUGCAUGUGGACGUCAAUGUGUCUUCCUCCAGGUCCUCUUCAGAAUCCAGCUACCAUGGGCCGGCCAGGCUUCUAGAAAUCGACCGCAGGAGCCUCAGCAACUCCCCGCAGCUGAAGGCUCGGACUGGCAAGCUCCGGGCUUCUGAAUCCCCUUCCUCCCUUAUCUUCUACAGGGAUGGCAAGAGGAAAGGCGUCCCCUUCAGCAGGACAGUGUCCAGAGUGGAGUCCUUUGAAGACCGCUCUCGGCCCCCUUUUCUGCCCUUGCCCCUGACCAAGCCGCGGUCCAUCUCGUUCCCUAACGCUGACACUUCAGACUACGAGAACAUUCCAGCCAUGAACUCGGACUAUGAAAACAUCCAGAUUCCACCCCGAAGGCCUGCGAGGGCUGGGACAUUUACGAAGCUGUUUGAAGAGCAGAGCAGAGCCCUGUCCACAGCAAAUGAAAAUGAUGGCUAUGUGGACAUGAGCAGCUUCAAUGCCUUUGAGAGCAAACAGCAGAGCGCAGACCGAGAAGCAGAAAG